UUGUCUGAACGUUACGAGAGCAUUGCCAACAACAUUGCCAACCAACAAGAUGAUGUGGAAGACUCAAAGCGGGAUCAUUGCAACAAAACGGUAGAAAUCUACGAGGACGUGUCUUCACCUCCCGUGACAGUCGAAAACUUUGGAAGACCACUUACUUGUACAUAUAGAUUCAGAGCAUUUCGUGGAUCACCAAAAGACUGGAUCCUUAGGAUUAGGUUUAAAAAAUUCAAAGUUGGUACAUUAAUCAACGGUACGACAUGUCACAAGGGCUACAUGCAGAUCGUAGACGGCAAUGCUAAGACUGACGUAUCAAACAGAAAGGAACCGGGCUUGUUCUGCGGUGAGAUCGAACAACCGCAGACCUUUAUAUCAGAAACUAAUUUCGUCAAAAUAGUUUUCCACGCUGACAAUUUCACAGACCAAACAUACUUUAGCUUCGACUCAAGAGCGGAGCAGCAAUUUGAAGUUUACCUGCGUUACGGUCAACAUCCUGAACUUUAUCCCAAUAGAAGAGGAGAAGUUGUCGCAGGAUCAUACUGCGAGCGAGUGUUUCGUGAUUGUCGUCUUCAAACAUGCUACGUCCAAUCCGCUGCAUACCCAGGGGUAUACCCAAGAAACCUACACUGCAGGUACCACCUCAACACACGCUUACCCUACAUAAAGCUGUAUAUAGAGAAUGAAGAGUUUAAUAUAGACGGGCAACGCUGUGAGAACAUAAUGACGUGUCCCAUGAGGCCCAUAACUUCAGGUUCAGAAAAUUGUCCUUAUGAUUACAUAAGAAUUUAUGAUGGUAAGGACGAGUCUGCUUCUGUAAUUGGGACAUUCUGCGGCAUGGGAAAAUUUCCUUACUCUAUAAUUGGAACGUCUCAAGACUUGUUUGUAGAGUUCGUCAGUUCACCAGCAGGUCCUCUUCUUAACACUGGUUUCCACUUUAACGUUGGAAACUGGCCCGGUCACGUCGAAGCUCCUGGUUCAAGAGUGGGUACUUGCGAUUGGCUUCUUACUGCAGAGUCUUUAAAAAAAUCGGGUGAUACUGAGGGUAUAUUUUUAUCUGUAGCACACUGGUACCCGCCACACACGUCAUGUACAUAUCUUAUGCAGGGUUUUCCUGGGCAAGUAGUGAGACUUUAUUUCCCAAGCUUUCGCAUAAACCGCAUAGAAUCACCUAUUGUUCCAUGGAGUGGCGAUUGUGGAGAAUCUCUUACUCUUUAUGAUGCCCCUCGACCCGACGACGCGCGAAUUAUAAAAACCUUCUGCGACACUUUUAGCAGGCCCAUGGAGAAACAUGAUUUUGUUUCAACAGGAAAUGCGAUGUUUGUGAGGUUUGAGAGUAAAACAGGGAGCUAUAGUGGAUCCUCACUUUAUUAUUGGGCUCAUUAUGACUUCUUUAACAACACACGUUUCGGUGAGCCCGUUUCGGGAACUGCAUGCGAUGAAGUAAUAGCCUCUUGGAAACAUAGAGCAGGGCGUCUCAGGUCACCACUCAAUACCCUCGUUUACAAACAAGCGCCACCUGGAGAAGACGUUCACUGCCUAUACAGAUUCGUUACAGACAAGAGAAUAUUUGCAAGGGUCAUUUUAACAAUUCUCAGUGUUAACUUUAAGGAACAUCCUUACACUGCCGUUUCCUGCCAAAACUGUUAUGAAGAUCGAGCUGAUAAACUUAUUAUCUGGGAGCCACACCCCGGUGGGAAAGCAGCAAACACAUCAUCUAGUAUAAGUACAACACCUUUACCGCUUCACUUAGCUGUUCAACGAUCUCUUGGAUCUUGUCUUUGUGCUAAACAUGCAAAUACAGUUUCAAGGGCCCGACCUUAUCGAGUAGUUUCAUCGGGUGAGACCUUGAACUUGCAGUUAAUUGUUGAUAAUGCCCAUGCGGCAGCAUCAUAUUUCAAAAAUCCUUCACCCCUCUUUGAAGCACGCUAUGAAUUUGUUCACGGACCUCUUUGUGGACCAGCAGUGCUUGCAGCUGCUUUAGACGGAGAAAUUGUAUACCCACAUCUAGAAGCAUUAGGUUACACAGAACCUCCUAAAAGAAUUCAAUGUAUAUGGGAUCUAGAAAUUGAAGAAAAACGAGAUAUUUGGUUACAUUUCGAUAGUAUUAAAUUUGCAUCAAGGCAUUGUGAUGAUGGAAAUAUUCAAAUAUUUUUACCAGGAAGAAUUGAACCGUAUCUAUCGAUUUGUGGUGAAAAUGUGUCCUUGGCACGUGAAUUACCUAUAUUAUCAGCUGGUGAAUUAGGUUUUGAAUCAUUAGAUGAUCCUUUAGUUAUAGAAAAAGAAAAGACUAGAUCUAUUAGGAUAGUUUUUAUUGGAAGUGCGUCCCCGGCUAGGGCUACUUUUAAAAUUGCGUGGACUGGCUUGUAUCAUUUGCCUAAAAACUCAGACGGUACUUUGAUGACUUCAAGACUAACAGAUGGAGGUAUUAAAUCAAACUCUGGCCAAGGAUGUGAUUUUAUUUGCCCAGGAGAUGAGGCCCUUUGCAUACCAGCUAGACUGAUCUGUAAUGGUAUUGUUAAUUGCCCCAAUUUUACUACAACUGAGAGGAAAUUCUGGACAGCUGAAGAAAAGAGAGCACGAGAAGCAUACUCUGAAGAUAGUUUGCGUAGACUCGGAUACCUUGAUGCAUUAGGUGGAAUACCUCUCGGCCAGUUACACGAUGAAGCUCCCCAACUUUGUGCGGGGGCUAGGAGUUCUGGAGGAGGAGAUUGGAUGGCGCCUACUUUGGGGGCUGGAUUAGCGAUUGUUUUAGCUGUGUGUGCGUUGGGAGCCGCAUGGCGUCUUUGCUGCCGCAAGCGCUCACCAGAUGAAGAAUCCUUGGACUACUGA